AUGAUUCAAAAUGAAUACACUGAGUUAAUGGACAUGGUGGACGAGUUAUAUCUGCCUAUAUUCACUAAGAUAAACAAAAUGUUCUCAGAAGAACUGGAAGUUAUCAGAAAUCAUCAUUCUUUUGAAACAUUGAAGUUUAUGCCAAAAACACCGAGGAUAAGCUUUGAAGAGGGGAUUCAAAUGCUUAAGAUAUGA